AUGUGUUUAAACUUAACUGACUCAGAUGCAACAUAUGCACCAAUCAUUUGUUUCAUCGAUUUAUAUUUAGAAGAUAAUCACAUUGAACAAUCUACCUCAGAAUCAAAUUGCAACACUAUCUUAAGUGAUAAAUCAUUACCUACACCAGAAUCAAUUCAACAAACCAAUGAAUAUUUCAACCAAGAAAGUUUAGACGAAAUUGAAAGAAAAGCAGAAAAAAUUAUGGAAGAUGAAACUAGAGAAGUAGAAAUUGGAGAAGAAACUGGAGAAAAAGGAAUUGGAGAAGAAAUUCAAAACGAAAGUGAAGAAGAAAAUGAAGAAGAAAAUAAAGAAGAAAAUAAAGAAGAAGCUUUUGAUAAAUAUGCUCAAGCAACUAUUGGUAUAAAUUUUGAUUUAACUCAAAUUUGUAAUGUUGAAGAAGAUCAUUUAAAAAAAGAAGAAGAACAUUUAGAAGAAGGAAAUCAAGAUUAUGAAGAUACAACUUCUGAUAAAAAAUUUAAACCUCCUUUUUCAGAAAGAUGUAAAAAACUUUGCAAAAAACACUUACCAUUCUUAUUAUCAAAAGAAACAGACGAACCAGAAGAUAUUUUAAAAGUGCUUUUUAAAACUCAUCAUAAUAUUACCAUGCCAGAUUAUGUAAAUUUGGAUAACAAAAACCAAUGUACUUUUGUUUUAAACAAAAAGGAUUUUAAAAAAAUGAAUGACAUUUUGAAUAAUAUAUAUUCUCCAGAUGCUGAUGCUUCAAAUGAAACUCAAAAUAAAACUUCAAAAACCAACAAAGUCAAAAAUGUCUUUAAAAAAUUAAAAAUCAAAAAAUGUGGUAAAAAAUCAAAAUCUAACAUACCACCUCCAAAAUCAAUAUUAAAAAAUGCACAAAAUAUCAAUUAUUCAUUAGAAAAAGAAAAUUGUAAAGAAGCAGAUAAAAUCUCAUAUGCUCAAUUUUGGAAUAAAUUAGAUAAAGAUGAAGCUAUUAAAAAGAAGAGAGAAGAUGAUGAUUAUUAUUUUACCCCCAGACUUGAUCAAGUAAGAAGUUAUUAUCAAUCAAUCAAUUAA